CUAUCUUUUUUUAAAAUUGGUUUCACUAUAUUUUCAUGCACAUGCAAUAAAGGAAAAAUAGAUCAAGAAAAGAAAUAGCUAAAAAAGCUUACAAUCAAACCCUAAUUCACCUGAUUUCACAUGAAUUCUUAUUCCCUCGUCGUCCUCUAGGACGGCGAGUGGAUUAAACUUCCACCUCCUCUUCUUCUUCUUUCUCGAUCUCUCCGGUCGUUCGGAAUUAAAUUAAAUAAAGAAGAAUGGCUCGAAAUGUAUUUUGUCAAGCAUUUCAAUUGCUAGAGCUGAAUGUUAUCUCCGGCCAAGAUCUAGCCCCAGUUUCACGUAAAAUGCGAACGUAUGCGAUUGCAUGGGUUCAUCCUGACCGGAAACUUUCAACGAGAGUCGACACUCAAGGCCAUAAUAACCCUACAUGGAACGAUAAAUUUGUUUUCCGGGUCGAUGACGAGUUUCUUUACGGCGAAACAUCCGCCAUAAUGAUAGAGAUCUACGCCUCAAAUUGGUUCAAAGACAUCCACGUGGGAACAAUCCGCGUUCUCGUCGGAAACCUAGCUCCUCCACAGAAACAGCCUCGGCAACAGCAGCAGCACCACGUUCAGCUGGACACUAUGCGGUUUGUCGCGCUUCAAGUACGCCGUCGUUCCGGCCGUCCUCAGGGGAUUCUCAAUAUUGGCGUAGCGAUUCUUGAUACGUCGAUGAGAAGCAUGCCGUUGUAUUCUCAGAUCAGCGCCUCCGCCGUAGGUUAUCGUGAUUUAAUGGGUGGAAAAGAGAAGCCUAUAAAUAAUAAUUAUAAUCAUAAUAACAAAGACGAUGACCGGAGCAGCGAUGAUAAUCAGAAUCAAUUCUUGCUCCCGUGGAUACCUAAGCCGGACCUCCGGCGAACAAAAAGUGAUAGCAGUUCGAUGGUUGGAUCAGAAAUGGUUGAGAACACUACAAUCCAAAACAAAAAACAAAAAAAAGGCGGUUCAAUGAUAAGCGGGUCGGAGAUUAUCAAGAAAGAAAAUAUUAACGGCUACAAAAGUUUCAAGAAACAGUCAUCAAUGGCUAGCUCUAUGAUAUUAACUUCGGAAAUCAUCCAGAAACUGACCAAGAAACCCGUUCCUCUGAAUCCUGACUCGACCGUCGGCGGGUUAACCAAAUCUAAAUACGGGUCAGAGAGUAACUCAGGCGACACACCACCGCCAACCCGUAAAUCUCCGGUGAAAACUGCUCUAAGUUCCUUAACUAGCUUCAAAUUCGGAACACCAAAACCGACAAAUAGAGCAAAAACGCCGCAUCACGUGACGGAAUCGGAACUCGGACUCGGUCCGUCGGCGUCGGAGGUGGCGGCCAUGAUGAUAAGGAAUAACAAACAUCCUAUAGAAGAAACAGAGAGUGAAAUAAUGGGUUCUUGGAGCUUAGAAAGUACCAUGGAAGGGCUGCAAUCUAAAUUAGAAAGGUGGCGAGCGGAGCUGCCGCCGGUAUAUGACCGUAGUGAAUUGUCGAGUUAUCCGAUGAGCAGUGUCGCCGUCGACCGGAAACGCGAAAUCAGCCAUGCCAGAAGGCGUAGUAGCGGCGGAGAUGGUGCAUUUACUUGUUUUGGGACGUUUUGUGGUCUUGAAUGUUCCAUUGUUUGCGGCGGUAAUGGACCCGGAAAUAAGAAAAAUAUGGGUCGGGUUAAGCGGGUCCCUUCCACGGGUAAUUUGAGUCUUCUUUGAUAACUAACUUACCAGUUUUUGCUAAAAUGCGCCUGAGAUGUUUUGUGGGGACUUGAUGCUUGUGUUCGGCUAUUCUUUCCUAUUUUUUUUCCUCUUCUUUUUGGUCUCUUUAUUCAUAUAUUACAAUUUGUUAAAAAUUUGAAAGAAUAUUUUGUAUUGGUCGAAUCUAAUUGUAUGUUAUUUCUCUAAAUUUAAUUAAUACAAUUUUUCUUUUUGAUCA